ACGUGCCCUUUUAAAAAUAUUCAGGGUCUAGGCCAGAGAAAUCAGUGGCUGGCACCAAUAGUAACAGUCCAUCGGGACAGAACCAGGUCGCACAAUGUAGGACACACACACUCGCACCAACCACACCCCCGCUACCCGCUACCCACAACUCCCCACUGUAACACACAUUACGCAUUGAACGCCCAGCGCACCUGUUAAUGAAUAACGCUGCACACCUGUAAAAGUAGUUUCUCGGGGUAGAUUUGUAUGCAGAUCAAAAGCAGUCAUGCAGCAUAACAACGGACGUCGCAACAAGCAUAUCAACGCGAUAACAUGUGACGCCGAGAUACCGACAAGAUCAAACUCGAUCGGACCUUACCAGAAACCGUAGACUCGUUAACAUCGCAAUGUACAAAGUUGUCCUGUUCACGGAUGAUGAUGAACUAGCUGUUGUGCCAUCAAAUUGGCUGGAUGGCAAAGGUUGUUGUCUUUGGCCGCCCUUCAAGUCCAGCACAAAAUUGACAAAGGCAGUUAUUAAUCAGGAAAAGUCCUCUGAGACAUGGAGGUCUUAUCAAAUCUGGCUGCUUCCUGGUGGUGAAUCAGACAAUUACGAGCGCGCUCGUGAGAAGCUGCGUUUGGCGGAGGACACGUCAGACCUGCAAACUGCAGAAUCUGAGGAGGAAGAGGAAAGUCUCCGAUAUUCCAAAAGGAAGAAGAGUGUGUUCAUUAUGUGUGACCCUGACCUAAUGGAAGUCAAAAGAUUUUGUGAAGAAGGAGAGAUACACUUUAAUGAAGGCAAUAUAAAGAAAGCCAUAGAGUCUUUUCAAAAGGCUCUGGGAAAAGCGAAAUCGACGGAAGAUAGACACUUGGAAAACGUGUGCAGUUAUAACCUGGCGUCUGUGCACGCCGCGAACGGAGACAAACGAAAGUAUGAGCAGAACCUAAAAGACCUGUCAAACCAGUUUAUUAAAGACAACUUGCCAGAAGGGGAAAGAAGCAUGACUUACCUACAGGCAGUUGCAGACAGAUCGCCCUGGCAGUAUAAACAGGCUUUAGAGGUUACCAACGAUAGCAAAAAACAGAUUUAUCUUCUUAAACAGCUUGUAAAACAGUGCAAGGAUAAGCAAGACAAAGACAAGCAGAUCGAGUACCUGGAGCGACUUCAAACUGUAUAUGAAGUCCAACGGGAAGACAUCAGAUGGCUCGAGGUAGCAUGUCAACGGGCAAGACUUCUCUACCGGGAAAAAACCACGGAGGCUUUACUCGAGGUCCUGAAGAAAGUGGAAAAGAAACUUGGUGAGAUCUUACAAGUACCAUCACACCAUACCUCUGUUGCAGGUGAAUACGACACCGAGUCACUAAAAACAAAUUCGGUGCCAAUAUGGAAUGAGGUGGGAUUGAUGUACACGCUGUUGAAAAAAGAGGACAAGGCUUUGCAAUGCUUCGAGAACGGACUAAAACUGAUCCACGACAAGAACACAGCCUCCAUACUGAAAACUGCUGUUUUGAAACAAAACAUUGGUGCGGUACAAUACAUGAAACAUGAAUUUGCGCUUGCCAAGAAAUCCGACGAAGAAGCCAUUAAACAAUAUGAUGAAUACGUCGCGGAAAGAAGAAAAAGUACAUCGAACGGUAAAAGGACGCAGAAUAGGGGGACACAGGUUUAUCAUUACGAUGACGAGAGGAUGACGUACUGGCAGCUGAAAGAAGACAACGGAGAAGGACGGAUCUACGGUAAGACGAAGCCUCUAGAAUGAACACUGCUGUGUGGACACAGAACAUUCAUGCGGUUCUAAACAUGAAAGAAGACGUAGCGCAUGCCAUAUUAUACUUGUGUGUAGCCAUCCAUACAUAUAGUUUAAAUGUUAUACUUUCCAAGUGUCAACUUUCCCUUUAAUUCGAGCAAUAUUCUCGCAGCUCCAACAUUUCAUUUUUACAUUUCACAACCUUUGAGGUACAAUCAAGCAUUAUCUUCCCACCAAGAUUUCAAAG